GUUAGACAAGCAGUAUGGCGGAAGAAGAGAGUGAAUUGGAGUUAGACAGGUUCAAGAAAGCUCUGGAGAGUUUGUUACACAGCAGUGCGAGCGACGAACACGGACCCCAGAGCAAGAACUACUGCACCAGGUUUUGUGAGCUGGUUGAAGAAAACACAAGCCGAUGGCAGGUCCCCCUGCCACAGCUGCAGGUUCUGAGGAGUGCCCUGUGUGCUUUUGUCCAUGGUGCUGCAUUGUUCCCUUCUGAUUGUGAACAUGUCCGCUACACUUUGAGCAGUCUUGCCCUGAGUGUCUUUGAGCUGCUGCUGUUUUUUGGGAGAGAUGAGUUCCCUGAGGACCCUUUAAAGGAUAUUCUGGAAUCGUUUCAGGAAUGUCACUCAAGUCUGGUGAGGUAUCAAAAUGUGUACCUGCUCCAGGUUAGGCAGAUCAUCAAAGAUGGAGGGCCUUGGACGAGCCCUGUGCUGCGAGGUAUCCUAAAGGAAUUGGAGCAACCACAAGUGGAGGUGGACAGAUAUCUGAGCUCUGAGUUGUCAGUGUUCUUUGAAUUGCGGGUGCGUUAUUUGCUGGCCUGUGAGCGAACCCGGGAAGCCAUGGCUUUGGCGCAGACAUGUAGUCAGCACCCAACUACAGGUCGGCACCUUUUCUUCAAGCAGGCCUACCUCUCUUGCCUGUGGAAGGCCUCUCAGAAAGAACGACUGUUCAAGGAGAUGGCAGAAAUUGAUGGGAAGGAUGCUGUGGAGAUCCUCUGCAUUGCAGAGAAUGAGGAGAAGGAUCAUUUGCUUCUGGAACUAAGCAGAGGAUUCCUUUUGCAACAACUCAGGAGUGGAGACAUGUACUACCUUUGGGAUUUGGUCUUCAUUUGGUGUAACCUAUACCUCAGAGUGAAGGCCUCCAAACAGGACCUUCUAGAAGAAUGCAAACAGUUGAUUUCAUCAGCCACCAACAUCAAGUCAGUCUUUCCAUUUAUGAAGGUGAUUUUAGAAGAGCAUUUGGGGAGAGAUGGCUUGACAUUUUGCAUAGAGCUCUGUGCCCAAGCCCUUCAGACUGACCUCAAGAACGAUCCCAUCACCAAGUCUCUCAUCUAUAAAACCAUUGCAUACCUGCUCCCAAGUGACCUGGAAAUUUGCAGGUUAUGUGCCUUGCUUGUGUUCUUUCUGGAGCGCACCGUUGAGGCCUACAAGACCGUGUUUCUCCUGUACACCCAUCCUGAUCAGGAGUACCACCUGGACACAAGUCCUGUUGGGAACCAUGUUCGCUUUGAAGUCAUUCAGAUUCUUAAGAAGGGCUUGUUCUUUGACCCGGAGUUCUGGAGCCUUCUUAACAUCAAAACAAACUGUCUGAAGCUUAUGAGUGACAAGGUAGCCAAAGCUGCCCUCUGUGAAAUAAUGGAAGAAGAUAAGUGGGUGCCCAAUUACUGUGCUAGAGGUCAUUGCAAGUGCCGUGCUGAGCCAGUUGUCAAAUCAGUGGCAAAGCCUGGUAGCACAAAUACAGAGGAAUGCGGGACCACCCCUGCUGGUGAUGCAUCCUCCAAGCUUCUUCCACCUAAGAAGAGGGGGAGGAAACCAGGAUCGCAAAUCACUAAGGAUCUGGAUCCCUUUCCUGUUCGGCGUUCUUUCAGACAGUUGGAUUUGGCGCAAAACCAUGCCAGGCAGCUGAGUGGAAGACGCCAGAGGUUUCUCAACAGGCAGGCAGAGAUGAAGACCCUGAAACGCAGGGGUCGGAAACCCCGCUGGCUCUUGGAUGAAUUGGCUUCCCAGGCAGAAAACAGUGUCCCCAGGCAAGGCAAGAAACCAGGGCGGAAGCCAAAGCAAUUAACUAUAAUGAAGGACACUGCCAUCGAUACACCAGUCAUUGAAAUCUCAAUGGAAUUUUCUUAUCCUGAUAAUGAAGUUGACCUCCCUGCUGAUGUUAUGAGUUGGUCUGUCUCUACCAUGGCUUCUUCCUUGGAGUCCAGAUUUGAUGAAUCUAAAUCUCCAUGUCAGGAUGCUCCUACACAGCCUUGUGAUGAGACUUCAAUUUCUCAGUGUCGGUUACUUUCAAAGGAAUCUGCACUUUCAUGGAGAGAAAAAGCAAAGACCACUGAAGAGUUUGUGUACCGUGCACAGGAGAGCAUUGCCUUUUUGAGAAAAUUUCACAACUAUGCGAAAGUGCCUGAAGAAAAUUCAGUUGGUGCCAUUGAUGACAAGGUAGUUGUGCCAGCUCCCCAUUCUGCUGAACAGGAAACGCACUCAGAGGUUCCUGCACCAGUAAAGAAUCAUCCUAGUGAACAAGUGCAGUUAAGCACAAAGGUUGAAACUGAGGUGACCUCAUUUACCCCUGCUGUAACACAGAAUGGCUCUGGACCUCUAGAGGGCACUGUUGAUGCAAACGAGACAUCUGUUUCGGAGGCGCAUUCUGUUCUGCAUUUGUCAUCAGUUACACCUGUUGAGGAUGAUACGGGCCCAGAGAACUUGGUCAACAUGUUGCAGAAUAGCACUGUUCAAGUAGAUGAAGCAACUAGCUCCAUGGCUGACACUAUUCCUAAACCUGAAAAUGCACUAGAAAUAGCAGCUGACAUAAUGUCUUUUCUUGAUAGCACACAGAACAAAGGUACUGAUAUCUGCCCAUCUGAAAGUGGGUUUGAAAAAGCAACUGACAAUGUUUCUGCCCCCCAAAAUUCAUCAAAAACAGCCAACACUACUCUUAUUGCACCCCAAACAACAACUGACACUAUUUCCACCCCUGAAAGAGAGCCCAAAGUUCUUGCAUCUGCUGUUCCUAAAGAAAUUCUACAUGUUUAUGAAAUGCCCUCUGUAAUUUCAGGUGGCCCCAAGACAGUUGCAGAAGUGAAAGCUCAUGAAGUAGUGGUGCGUCAGACAACUGAAGAUGAGCUGUCUUGUAUUAGACCUCCAGUAACUAACAGUUCAGCUCCUGUGUCCAGUCCUCAGACUGUCCUGCGACUUGUACAUUGCUGUGGGCUUUGCAAUAAGGAAUAUAGAAACUCGUCGAUUCUGAGACAUGCAUUUUGGCAUUACCGGCUCGAAAGGAAGUGUAUGUUUUGUCAGAGUUUCACUUAUGUUCAUGGUCCACUGUGUCAUUUUAAGAAGCACAUCAAAAAAUUAAAAGAUGUUAAACGACUCCCUGAGGAAAAGAAGAGUGAAGGUUCACCUGAGCGAUCUGUGAAACCUGAUCAGGCAGUACAGGGGACAGUGCCAAAGAAACCAAGGCCUGGGCUUGCACAGAUAAAGUCAAAACUGCUGAUGAGGCUAAACUUUAGAAGAGAGGCUGCACCUCCAAAAGCAGACAACAACGCAGAUACUGACAAAUGUCAGUUGAAGCAGAGUUUAACGACGACAUCUGCAUCCACUCAAGAGCCAGAGGAGGAGAAAAAUAAUAAGGAGAGCACUCCUAAGAAAAAGAUCAUAUACUUGACGAGAGGUUUAGUUAGAAAGUCUCAGUCUAAGGGAAGGUUUCUUAGGAAACGUCUUGCUAGAAAAGCAAAAACUAGAACAUUAAUGAAAGAGAGAGAUGUUUUGGUGACUAAGGAUGGUCCAGCUCACCGGUUGAAUGGAAUAAACCGGAAGAAGCAAAGGAUGAAGCGUGUUCAGGAUGAGAGCAAUCAUGCAACUAAUAAAAAUGUACAAGCAACAACAAAACAUGAAAACAAACAGCAAAAGACUGAUAUGGUGGGAUCAGAAGAAAAAAUGGAAAAUAAAAUUAACUGUGAUGGCAAUACCAAACAAGAUAAAGCAGAUACUAAUACAAUAGGGAAAAGCUUGAAUUUGUCAAAAUCAGAAGCAAAAGCAAAGUUGUUGCAGAAAUCUGGGAUAAAUAAGAAAAAUAGUAGACCGGCGAAGCAAAAUGAGGGUGCUAAAAUGGUAAAGAAAAGAAAGGUAGAUGUUGGAACAGAUGAACAAAAACAGACUGAAGGAAAAGAAACUACUCAGCCCACAAAUGAACAGAAGAAAUUUGAAGCUAGUGUAGUAAAAACAGCAAAACAAGAAAAUGGGCCAGAGGCAGAAUCAAAUGAGACCUCCCAAUCAGUGCAGAAGAACAAAAAGCCGAUGAGAGCUGCUCCAGCAGUCGUCAGAUGCCCUGGGGAGACAUGCACAUUCAGUGCAAGGCCAGGGCCUGUUCUCUCACAUGUACUUAUCCACCAUCCUAAUGAUACCAAAGCCCUGGAGUUCUUCUAUGACCUUGCCAAGGAAAAGUGUCUUUUCUGUGGCAGAAGGAUCUGGACCCCUCAGCACUUUUUUGACCAUAUUGUUUCUCAUCGUGGUAACCUCAAGCACCCAUGCUAUCAUGUGGAUUGCAAGGAGAGAUUCAAAACCCGACUAGAGCUUGGCGACCACAUGCUGAAAGACCAUCAGCCACUUAAGGCAGUUUGCUGCUUCCCUGGAUGCACAGUGCAAGUUUCCAACCCAAAGUUCUUGUAUAGUCAUGAAAGGGGACAUUACAGAGAGGUCAGGACGAAGGAUGUGAGCAAAAAGGACAAAUCUGUAAAUUCCGAAGUUCUACCUGGUAAAGAGGUCGAUGAGAUCAGUCCAACAGCUGCAAGCCCAAAGAUGAGCCUUGUAGAAAUGCAACAAAUGCCUGAAAGCGUGAAGACGGCCGCUCCGCAAAUGGAGUCACUCAAAAGUACAGAAAAGGAAAGCAGUGCUACACCUACUAAAGUAGAGGAUGAAAUUCCUUUGACUUUAAAUAAAGGUUCUGUGAACUAUACCAGUAAGACCCCUAGGCUUGUCAAUGGCCACAGUGAGCAUGAACAAGAAUCUCCUGUUAAAACCCCUGCGUUGGCACCGAAAGAGCAGGAGACAGAUUUUGGAAAGGUGAGCACAAAGCCCUUCAUCCGCCCUCCCCCUUCAGCAUACCUGGAUGAACUGUACAUCAGCAUGCCCAAACGCUGGAAGGGGCCCCAGGUAGGCUCAAAGGGCUCCAGUGCCAGUGAGGUCAGCCCCAUUAAAAGACAGGUCUGCCCCCGAUGCUCUGCAUCCUUCAACAGAGAGGAAGAGCUGCAGGUGCACAGAGAGAAGUGCACGUCCCUCUUCGGCUUUGAUUCGGAUGAUGAAAGUGCCUCUUGAAGAAGCUGCACUUUCUAUUAGAGUGGAGGUCCAGGAGACUGAGCUGAUGUGUUGUUGAAAGCUGCUAUUAACAUUCUGAAGAAUGUGUCCUGACAGGCCCCGACUGAAAAGGACCCCAUUUUGAGCAUUUAAGUGUAAAACAAGCUAACCAUUUGGAGUACAGCUUGUUUUAUCUCUUGGACGUUUCCCUUUAUCAGGUUUUUUUUUUUUUUUUUUUUUCUGCCAAGCUUGUGGUCAGUGGACUUGGACGUGGAAUGAAAUUCUGAACUAAAGUUUUUGAUGGAUAACUUCAGCAGCCAGACUCCGUGUUCAACGUGAUUUACACCGCUGAGGAUGUUCCAGGGAUUGACUGAAGUGUCUUAGUAAUAAAUUGCUUGCCAUGCAAAUGAUACAUUUGUUUAAAAAGGAAGAAAGGAAGUUUUUUUUUUCAAGUAGGAGUUUCCUUCCAAUGCUGUGUAACUGAUAUUUGAUACUUCCUUGGCUUAUGGUGUGAGCAUCCAGUUUAGAGGCUGUUUCAGCCAGACUGUUCAGUGCCAAGAGGGUCGUCAGGAUUCUGCUUCAGUCUCUGCAAUGUGACAUUGGUUUUAGGAUGUGCAAAGAAUGGACUUAAUUGUACUGGCUGUGCAAGCCACAAUUUUUUCCGGCAUAUUUGGAAUGUCGGCUUAAUUAUUUGUGAAUAGUUACAUCUUUUCAUCACUAAUUUUCACUAACUUUUGCUCUCAAACAUGGAUGUUUUAGAUUCUGAACUCUAAUGAGCAGAUGUGGUGCUCAGGGGUUGUCUGAUUUCUCCUUGUAAUUUUUGCCUUUUGUAUCCUACUGAAUAUGAUUUUGUGGAUACAUGGAUGCAGACCUGAGUCUUGCAGGCUUAAUGAAGGACAAAUAGAACUGCUGAAAUAGUAAUCUAGACGGGGUACAACCAACACAGCCAAGCUGUUUCUUUGCCCUUCGAACUCAAGAUAAAUCUAAUAAAAAGGAAAGUGCUGCGUUACUCGCACAACUUCUUAGAACAUUGAUGUUACAUACAUUUCUGUUGCACUUCUCUUUAAAUUCAAGAGAAGAAAACAACUGUGUCUCAACGAAGGCAUAUCUGGGCUGUUCCGCAUAGGAGCAGUGACUUACUUAUUUAAUUUAUUUUUCUUUUUUGUAUCUUAUGUAAAUGUUUGAAAAGUUUGAAUGAUAUAUAAUUGGGAUGGGUUUAUAUAUCAAGAGGUUUUUGUUCUAAAAAAAAAAAAAAUAAAAUACCUAUGAGAAUGAAGCUGAAUGUUCUUUUAAGUUUGUCAAAAUGAUUCAGUACAGCAUAGCCUUUU